AUGCACCGCGCGCGCGACGACGCGCGCGACGACGCGCGCGACGACGGCGACGACGCGCGCGACGACGCGCGCGACGGCGCGAACGAUUGGAUGCGAGCGAUUGAAAAUCUCCAACCGACGACGCCGCGCGGCUGCGCCGCGUGCGCGGUGCUGGUCGCGAUCGCGCUCAAGGCGACGACGGCGAACGAGUCGUCGUUCGCGCUCGGCGCGCUCGUCGGGUGCGCGGGAACGCUCGCGGCGCAGGUGGCGGCGGUGACGCGCGCGGUGCGAGCGAACGCGGCGGCGACGGCGGCGCGAGAGGUCGCGGACGCGGCGGCGCGGGAGGAGUUCGAUCGCGGGCGCGACGACGACGCGAGAAACGGGGACGAGGGGCGGAACGCGGGCGUCGGGGCGACGACGAGCGUCGGGGAGGCGCCGCAUUCGGGAUGGAUCGUGGUCGCGCGAGCGAACGCGAAGAGCGCGAAGGGCGCGGCGGCGAGCGGCGAGAAGAAGUUUGCGCGAUUGACGCGCGAUGGGAGGUUGCAGCUCGCGAAUGAGCGCGGUGGAGAGGUGGUGGACGUGAUCGAUCUGUGCGGGUGCGAUGUGGCGUUGACGAAGUUUCCGGGAUUGGAAAAGCCGACGGAGUUGCGAUGGCACAAGUCGACGCCGAUGGUGGUGCGUCACGGCGAUCGCGCGGUGUAUCGAUCGAUGAAGACGGUGUGGCUGUUUGCGUUGUCGUCACCGGCAAAAGAGGCGUGGUUCGUGGCGCUGAUGACGUGCGUGGAGCGUUUGCGCGCGGAGAGUGGCGGCGCCGAAGCGGACGCGCGCGCGCUCGACCGCAUGCGCGUCGAGGCGGAUGAUUUCGCAAAGUUUACGCAAGAGACGAAGAAAUACAAGGAAGAAUCCGCGCGGCGAGACGCACACGCGCAAGGCACGCACUCUGCGGGCGCGGGUACGGCUGGGGCGACGAUAAACGCUCUUGGAUCGAGGCUGCUAUUCGACAUGUUUCGCGACGAGCGUUGGCAACUCGAGCAAAAGGAAAAGUUGGUCAACAAGAUGAAUAACGCUCCGGGCACGCCCAAGUUUGUCGGUACGUUUGAGAUCACGCAUAUCGACUUCGGAUCAACGGUGCCGCACAUCAUUAGCGCUCGCGUGCCGAGCUUUAGCUCGUCGAGCGCGCCCUGGGAUGGCGCCUCUAUGCCGGGGCGCGGCUUCUCGCACGCGCUCGAACUCGACGUCGAGUACGUUGGUCGGGCGACAAUGACCGUGCAGACGCGCGUGGAUUUGUCCAAGUACGCGCAAGACAUGGAGAGUGAGGCGAAUAACGUGUCGAACGCGGAGUCCGUCGACGAAAUCGCGCGGAGUUUUUCGAGUAUAAAAAAGGCGGCGGCUCGCGAGGCGGCGAGAGUUGUCACCUCGCUUUCUGAUACACUUAGCGCGACGCCGUUGCGCUUCACGCUAACCCUGAAGAAGUGUCAGGGCGUCAUGCGUCUGUGGAUUCCACCGCCCCCGGGCGAUCGUUUGUGGUGGGGGUUGAUCAAGGAGCCGGACAUCGAUCUUGAAAUCAUCCCCGAGCUCGGCGCCGCGGCGAUCUCUCAUGAGGGUAUCGCCUCGCGUGUCUCGCAAUUCCUUCGCAACCUAUUCGUUGCCGACAUGCACUCCCAACUUCUGCUGCCGAACUGCGUCGCUGAGCCUUGGAAGGAGCUUCGACCGUUCGUAAGCGCGAUGGAGUUGUCGCUCGCCGAGGCGGCGACGGAGGAGUUCUCGGCCUUGCAGCCGCCUUCGCCUUCGCCCUCACCAAUCAACACUGAACGUGAACGUCCAGCUGAACGUGACCGUCCAGCAGUAUCGAACGUGACGACGCCAGCGUCGACUCCCAGACCCUCGUUCGACACCCCCACGUCACCACCGCCCGAGCAAGUGAUGGAGAGUCCACCUGUGUCGCCGAAAGCGUCCGUCGCGCCCAUCGCCGCCGUGAGCGCGUCGCUCCCAUCCUCCCCCACCGCCACCAUCACCGGUCUCGCGACGACGACAUCUACCGAGCCGCCACCCAAACGUCCAGCAUCCGAAGACAUCCAAGCCAAGCCAACGUCGUCUUUCUUCGCCCAGGCGAAAUCGUUCACGCAAAAGCUCGAACGUUCCUUCGGCGACGACUUCAAGGAUUUCACCGCCGCCGUCAAAGACGCCGGCGUCGCCGGCGGAUUGAAGCACGUCUCCAAGAACAUCGAAAAAGUUAUCGCGCCGACGUCAAGCAAAGAUCCCGCGCAACCAUCCUCUUCGAAUGUGUUAAAGAACGAUUAG